AUGAGAAACAUUCUCAUACUGCUUCCGGUAAAAUCUCAAAUCCGAUUACAAUUUGUGUGCAAGCAUUGGAAAAAUUUCAUCAAGACCCAAUCUUUCAUCCAAGAGCACUUGGAUCACUCCAGUAAUGAAAACCCUUUGCUUCUUUUGCAAUGGGAUGACAGAUGUGAUCCUCUGCACUUACAUAUGCUCAAUUACGAGAUGCAACAUUUUGAAGUUCAGCCCCCUUCUUUGAUGGAUUCCUUAUUGCUGGCUAAGAUUGUUGGCUGCAGCCAUGGGUUACUGUGUGUUCGAGAUGAAAAUGCAGUUUUCCUCUCCUUUUUCUUGUGGAAUCCUGCCACUAGAGGGGUCAGAAUGGUGCCCAGACCUAUAUAUAAGGGAUUUGGUCAUAUCGUUUUUGACAUAUUUGGAUUUGGGUUCAGUCCAAUUGUUAAUGAUGGCAAGAUAGUGAUAUCUCAUGAACUUGAGUUUGAUUCUGUGUUUAAUCGGAUAGAAGUGUAUUCAUUAAGUACAGGAUCAUGGAAGGAAUUAGAAAUAGAAUUUCAGGACUUUCCUGGGGUGGAUUUUCAUGGUUCCUCUCCUGUUACUGCUUAUGGAACUAUGUUUUGGUCUGUGGAUAGGGUGAUUGAAUGUGGCGAUGAAGAAGAAAUUAAUGUUGUUGAAAUAAUGAUACUUUCAUUUGACAUAGCAAUGGAAGUGUUUACAUUGCUAACACUGCCUGCUGGAUUAGAUUUUGGUGCACAUGGUAGUCUUACUCUAUAUGAGAACCAACUCGCUAUAUUUUCUCAUACUGUGAUUGGGAACUAUGAAUCUUCUGUGAUUGAUUUGUGGGUGAUGGAGGAGGGUGUUGGCGCAUCUCUGGAGAGAUAG